AGAGCAGACGAUACUGGUAAGAGCUCAAGCGAAACCAAGAGAAGGCGGAAUCAUUUGUUGGUCUCGUCUUCAGGGAACAAGGUUGUCCAGAACACGUGAAGAAGUUUUGAGUGAGUUUGUUUUGUGUUGACAACAAAUGAAUCUCUUCUCAUUUUCCACCUGUGAACUUCACCAUUGUUGUUAAUUAUACGCUGUUUCAUACAGAUUAACUUGGGUUCAUAAGAGUACGUUUUAAACAAGUGUCUAAUUAUGUGAUUUUUAAAAGAAAACAAAAUCUGCAAAGAAAUCGUUUGGUGUCUCUCCUCUAAUAUCCUGUCCCUAUUGGGAAAUGUGUUGACAAUGAAAUAGGGAUCUAUUGUGGUGACCGCACAUAGUGAUCAGUAUUAUGACCAUUGUAUUUACCAGCGGAAGUUCCCGCCCUGCUACCGACAACAGGAUUUUAUCUGUGGAUAUUAACCAUGUGCAAAAUGGACCCGAAGAAGUGAAAUUAACGGGACGUGAGCUCGUCGCCCUUCCGAAUUACGUUCGCAAAAAUGUUCACCUUAAAAUAUUGGAUUUAUCUCACAAUUUCCUCGGUCGAGGUGAGCCGGGCACGAUUGCUCAACUCACUGAGCUUCGUCACAUGACGAGGCUCAAUCUCUCUGUGAAUGAACUAAAGACAAUCCCUUUGGAUUUUUCUCUGUUCCCCUACUUGGAAGUGCUUUGUUUGGCUGGAAAUGAAUUGGAAUACUUGACGGAAGAAAUUGCAAAUUUGACCAGGCUAAAAAGAUUGCACUGCGACUUCAAUAUUUUGAGCCAACUUCCUUAUGAUUGGUCAUCUUCAUCAUCACUCUCCACACUUACUCUCUCGAACAAUAAUCUAAUAGAACUUCCCGUUACUAUAUGGACUUUACAAUCUUUAGAAAUUUUGAAUUUACAAAAGAACAGAAUUUCUAAUAUUGGUCCAUUGCCAAAUGGUGCUGCGAGUCAUUUAAAAGAGCUUAGGUUGUCAUGGAAUAGAUUGUCUGGAUCUUUGGAUUUAUCUCCUUUAGAGAAUCUGUCUCAUCUAGAUGCAUCGCACAACGAUCUGGAUGGGAUCGAUGCAUCGAAAUUGCAGAAGCUGGAGACGCUGAUAGCUGACCAUAAUGCCCUGAAAGCGCUGAACCUCAACGGAGCUAAACUGCGACUGCUGAAAGUCAACGGAAACGAAUUGGAUGAAAUAGUCUGCAAAUUAGCUCCUUUGCAGUUAGAGCAUUUAGAUAUUUCUCUAAAUAAUUUUCGCCUGUUGCCGGAGUGGAUAUGCGAAGCUAAAUCUUUGCGAAACCUAUUUGCAGAGCAAAAUCGGCUUUCAGAUGUUCCUGGCGAGUUGUUUAGGUUCUUCAGCCUCGUUAAUUUAAAAUUAAAUCAUAAUUAUCUAACUAAUCUUCCCAGUUUAUCUGUACAGUGCCAUAUUAAGCUCCUUUGUUUACAGUUCAACCAACUUUGCAAAUUACCAGAAAACUUCUUUUGGGCAUUUCCUUGUUUGGAAAUUCUUAAUUUAUCCUAUAAUUCCUUGAAAUCCAUACCUCAAUCCUACGGUACAAUUCCCAGUUUGAAAUCUCUGAUCUUAUCUGGAAAUUCCUUAGAAGAUUUAACGAGCCUGCAAAUCCUACUUCAAAACUCUAGAAUAGACAGUUUACAUCUAGCUUAUAGCAAGCUGAAAACUCUACCAGACAACUUCUUUGAAUACCUGCACGCUCUUCGAUCUCUGUCAUUAUCAGGAAAUGAAAUCGAAUCCAUUUCUAGUCAAAUAACCAAAAUACCGAACUUGGAAAAGCUUUAUCUACACUCAAAUCUACUGACCUCAGUGCAAAAAUUGACUGAAUUCAGCAAUCUACAGGUUCUUGAUUUAGCUUGUAAUCAAGUUCAGCAGUUGGAGCUGGCCACUAUUGUGCCUAAAAAUCUUACUUACCUUGAUCUCUCUGCUAACUGCAAUUUACAAAUAGAUCCCUCAGAUUUCCAACACUUAUGUUGCCAAAGGUCUGUGGCCGUUGUAGAUGUGAAUUGUGCCGGCCGACAAGCGCCACUCAAAGACAAUAUUUCCAAAGAAAUGGAAUCCAGUAGUCCAUGGACUUUGGGAUUUACGGAAUCACACGAUGGCAAUACGCGAAUAUACAUAGAAUUUCAAAAAGAUUCCUCAAAUGUACGCCAGGAGGCUCUCAUUGCACUGAUGGAAGUGGACGACUUGAAUGAAGUGGGACAAUUGCGCAACGUUCUGCCAGAGCUACUCAGAUCUGAACGAGAAGCAAAGGAAACAUACCCACAGUUUAUAAAAAAUUCCCUCAUGUCAUGCGUCAGGUACUUGCGAAGCAGAGGGUAUGAAAAAGACUUCGGUAUAACAAUGUGUCACCUCUCUUCAUCUCAUGGUAGCCCAGUCACCCUCAGGCUGGGUACCGUUGGCAGACCAUCCUCUUGCAUCUUGGGAAGAUCUGGAAAUAUCAUUGUUCUAGCACAGAGGCAAGAUACUGCUCCUUUCGAAAUUGAAGAAUGGGUGUCUGCUAUACAAGGCACAGAAAUAUGUUACAACAACCACCUAAGUAGUCAUCAAAGUAAAGUGAUACCAAAAGAAAUCUGGUCUUCAAUUCCCGAACCAGAAGUCCGAGAAUUGGUUCUCAGUUCUCAGGAUAAGUUCCUCGUAUUUGGAGACAGUGGAUUUUCCCAAACACUUCCAGCAGAAGAAGUGUGCAAGCAGGUGCAGAGCACUACCUCCCCAGUCGGUGCCAGUAAGGCUUUGUCAGAAAUGUACUCAGCAUUAACUAAUGGUCGGAGAGAAUGCAUAUCAGUUAUAUUACUUAAAUCAGAUUCUUCUGUACCAGUUGAAGAAGAAGUGGAGAAGUACAGGUGUUGGGAAUUCAUGUUGGAACAGAAUCACAAGUUGUUGUUUACCAAGGAGCUAGAAACUCUUAACAAAACAGCGUUGCAAAACGAACAAAAUUCUACUAAUGCAGAUCCAUCUUCCUGGUAUACAAGUGCAUUAUCCAAAUAUAAGUGCCCAUUGCCGUCUCAUAGAGGGCGCUACUAUUGUUAUGGCAAUAAACUGGAGUGAGUUUAAGUAGAUUUUGUGCUUUUCUUCGUGCGGACGGUUGCUAAUCUUUUAUUACCCCAUCACUAACUGAGUAACAUCACUAACUGAGUAACUGAGACUAAGUUCUUUCUCCAUUUCAAUAGGUAACUGAAGCCAUUAUAUCUUAGAAAACUUUUGUAUUCCUGCAAACAUAGAGUAUAACUAUUUAACAAUGAGUAAUUAAUCUCUUAGUGCUCUUGAAUUGGAAGUUGUCUUAAAUUGAAAAAUGGCUCUAGUAAUCCUGAAUGACGUCAGUUGCUUGUUGGUUGAAGCUGGAGCAACAGAGAUCUCCCUUCAAAAGGAUGUAAGGGAGAGAAUGGAGAGGAGUGCAAAAUCUAUCUAACAUUCAAUAAUUCGUUGCUUAUUAUAUAUGUAAAUAAAAUUAAUGAUAUUUCUGUUGUGUGACUCGUUGAUGUAGAAAGAAGGAAGCUCAAAAUCAUUUUUGGCACAGCAUGUUGUUAUUUUUAAACUGUUUAAAAAAAAUUCUGUAAGUCUGUAAUUUUUUUGUAUAGUUAUAUCGAAAAUAAAAU